AUGGCGACCACAACAAUCCUAGCAUCGCUCCUCCACAGUAUCGAAAACUCCCUCGCUUACCUAUUCACACCCUUAGACACUCGUCUCUCAUUCUCCGCACAACAAUUUCUCAUCAUCUCCUCCGCUUGCUUCACAGGAAUCUUGAUUUUCUCUUUCCUAAACAAGGCCGUCAACACUCUCGGCGCUCUCCUCACACGUAUACCUGUUAAUCCCGAAACACUUCUAAACCAAGCGAUGGGAGAAAUUGAAGCUAUCCCCAUAUCUGCCGAGAUGCUUCUCAAUAAAGCAUUCUGCAAAUUCGAUGCGGUACGGAAUCAUAAUACUAUCAAAAAAGAGAAAGAUGUGAAGGAUUGUAAGACUCUUAGCAACAGACAGAAUCUUUGGCAACCAACAGCUAAAUAG